AUGGGGUCGAUUCCUUUUCUUGGCCGCUUGGGCAUGGCCGAGUAUAUUGCGCUAGUGGGAUCUUUCUUUCUGGUCGGACUCGAAGCUCUUGCACGGGUCGUGACACUUGCGCUUCCUUCUUCGGUCAUCAACCUCUGCUACCGAGCUUCGAGACGACUGUUCAAUCGCUUCGCCUCCCCCGCUACAAAGGAAGCCCAGUCGAAGAAGAGUGAUAUCUCAAAGAAAAUUCGAAAUGCCUCCGACUUCGUGGAUCUUUGUGCUGUCUUUGGGUAUACCGCUGAAGAACAUGUCGUGCAGACUAGGGACGGCUACUUGUUAGGUCUACAUCGAUUGGCAUACCGUAAGGGGGAGGAAGACCAGAAGAUCAAUCGUGGCAAUAAUUGCGUGCGGAAGCCUGUGGUGUACUUGCAUCACGGAUUGAUGAUGAAUAGUGAGGUUUGGGUAUGCUUGACGGAAGAAGAGAGAUGCUUGCCGUUCCAGCUGGUUCAGAAGGGAUACGAUGUUUGGCUCGGCAACAAUAGAGGAAAUAAGUACUCCAAGAAGUCUAUCCAUCACUCCCCUGCGGAUAUCUCGUUUUGGAACUUUUCGAUGGACGAGUUUGCCUUCCAUGACAUCCCCGACAGCAUCGCAUACAUCCUCGAAACAACCUCAGCACCCUCACUGUCCUACAUCGGGUUCUCCCAAGGAACAGCACAAGCUUUCGCUUCUUUGGCAGUCCACCCACGACUCAACGAGCAAGUCAAUGUUUUCAUCGCCCUAGCACCAGCCAUGUCACCUGCUGGCCUCUCAAACGGCAUCGUCGAUGCUCUCGUCAAAGCCUCCCCCCAAGUUCUCUUCCUCAUGUUUGGGCGCCACUCGAUCCUCAGCUCAGUAACAAUGUGGGAAUCCAUCCUCUACCCACCCAUCUUCGUCCGCCUCGUCGAUACGGGGCUCUCGUUCCUCUUCGGCUGGCACGUCCGCAAUAUUUCCACGUCCCAGAAGCUGGCCGCUUACCGGCACCUCUACUCAUUUUCCAGCGUGAAGAGCGUGGUGCACUGGUUCCAGAUCAUCCGCACCAAGAGUUUUCAGAUGUAUGAUGAUGACGUCCAGCCGGCUCUUUCACUGAGCACUGUCAACAGAUACACCAAAGUUGCCAAAUUCCCCACCCGCAACAUCAAGACCCCCGUGAUACUCGUAUAUGGCGGUUGUGAUUCGUUUAUGGACAUUGAUGUUAUGCUCCGCGAACUUCCCAUGCACACGGUGGCUAUCCGAAUCCCGCACUUUGAACAUCUCGAUUUCCUUUGGGCCCGCGAGGUCAACACCCUCGUCUUCCCGCACGUCUUCGACGCAUUAGAAAGCUUCUACGACGCAGAGCACUCCAAGGAAGAAUACGAGCACUACAGGAGGGUACGACGCGUAAGCUUAGCAUCGAACACGCACCAGUUACACACGCGUCCUCUAGGCGAAGAUGGCUCUCCAACAUACGCUGACAAGGCCGCUACGCUAACAAAUGGCGACUCCAACGCUCUCGUCGUCCGGCCAAACGAUGAUGGCACCGGCAACGGAGUGGUAUCAGACGCAGACGUCUCGCUACGUACAGCGAGUAUGCGCAAACGCGCACGAAACCAGCACAAGGCUGUCGAGGAUUCCUUUGAAAAGGGGUCUUCGCCUACCCCGAACCGCCACAUCAAAACUGUCUCGGUUGACGACGAAUCUGGCUCUGGAUCAGGAGAAGGAAGAUCGAGCCCGAAGCACACGCACGGAAGAAGGAGCAGUAUUGGCAGUAACAUCAGUUUUGCGAGUCUGACGGGGGAUCGGCAGAGAGGGAUCAGUCUCGGAGUGGGCAGGGCAGUGAGUGCGGUUAGUAAGGCGGGUAUGGAGAUCUCGAGGAGCAGUGAUGAGGGGAGUCCCGGAGCGAAGAGGAAGGGGAACGGCCGCGACGCUCGUGCCACGGUCCCGCCAGAACUGUCCGUAGGCUCUCGAACAGAUGGCCGACAUCCUUUCCAUCAUGGACCGAACAGCAAGGGUCUCACGCCACCUGUCGUCUGCAGUCGAACGUUUAUGACCGACCAUUCACAUUCAGAAUGA